CUCCAGCCUAUGAAGUUUUACGUCUUGCCCCCCAAACAUGGGCGGAACCAUAUUAACCUGAAAAGUAUAACGUGACCUGCGGAUCAAAGGGAGGCAACUGCUCUGUAGAACAGUUCAGAAGACGAAGUCACAAUGGCGUGGUCAACUCAAGCAUUACGGAGAGUCGGGACGUUUUCACAAUCAUGGUUGAGGGGCCUCCGCCAGGCAGCAAGAUGCAGCCAGGCCCAGCAAAAAGGCCAGUUCAGCACGACCAGCCCCUCCACACAGAAGGAAUACGCCUUUGAGAUGGCUUGUUCCAACAUCAGAUACGGCGUGGGCGUCACAGCAGAAGUGGGAAUGGACUGCAAAAACUUAGGUGCCCGGAACGUGUGCGUCAUGACGGACAGCAAUCUGGUCGACCUGCCCCCGGUCAAGAUGGCCCUGGAGUCGCUCGACAGACAGGGCAUCCCCUACCAGGUGUACGACCAGUGCCGUGUUGAACCCACGGAUGAGAGUUUCAAAGCUGCUAUCAGAUUCGCGAAGGAGGGUGAUUUUGACAUGUAUCUGGCUGUGGGAGGCGGGUCUGUCAUGGAUACGUGCAAGGCCGCCAACCUGUAUGCCACCAACCCCAGCGCCGAUUUCCUUGACUACGUGAACGCACCGAUUGGGAAAGGCCUGCCUGUCACACACACACUGAAACCACUGAUAGCUGUCACUACAACAGCUGGUACCGGCAGCGAGACAACCGGGACGGCAGUGUUUGACCUCCUGGAACUCAAAGCCAAGACAGGGAUAUCCCAGCGGGCGCUGCGUCCGACGCUUGGCAUCGUGGAUCCCCUUCAUCUGAUCUCUCUCCCCGAGCGUGUAAUGGCCUACAGCGGCAUCGAUGUCCUGUGCCAUGCCCUGGAGUGCUACACGACCAUGAGUUACACGGACAGAGACCGGCCAAGCAACCCCCAACUGCGCCCCGCUUACCAAGGAUUCAAUCCCAUCAGUGACAUCUGGGCUCAGCACGCUCUCCGCAUGACGGCCAAGUAUAUCAAGAGAGCUGUGUAUGACGUGGGUGAUGAGGAGGCUCGGUCAGCCAUGCAUCUUGCCAGCUCCUAUGCCGGAAUCGGCUUCGGCAACGGAGGAGUGCAUCUGUGCCACGGCAUGUGCUACCCAAUCUCCAGCCAGGGAAAGAAGUUUACGUCAAAAGACUACAGCCAGGACUACGCUCUGAUUCCCCAUGGCCUCUCCGUCAUCAUCACGGCGCCGGCUGUGUUCGAGUUUACAGCUCCUGCAUGCCCUGAGCGACACAUCGAGGCUGCGGAAUGUCUGGGUGUGGAUGUACGUAACGUGAAGCGUGGCGAUGCUGGACGGGUGCUGUCAGACAGAGUGAAGGAGAUAAUGGAUGACAUCGGCACCCCGAACGGACUGACAGAACUCGGCUUUCAGUCUCAGGAUGUUCCAAACCUUGUCAAGGGCACCAUGCCACAGCACCGAGUAACAAAGCUGUGUCCAAGACCCUUUCAGGAGGAGGACAUCGCGACAUUGCUGGAGAAGUCAAUGAGAGUGUUCUAGGCGUUGCCCAUGGGCCUAUAUCUGAACCAAACUAACCAGUCGGGACAAAUCAACUGAAUGAGAAAUGAAUGUGGCACAGAUGAAGACCCAGCUCAGCAAGUGACAUGAAGAACGUGACUACAUGGAAUGGUGGCUGAUGUUUGAUGAUUAUGAUCAAAUAGUUUUAAUUAUUUUCAUGCAAAGAAAAUAUUAAGUGCAUUGAUGCAAUACAUGUUGUUAACAAUGUAGUAGACACAUGCCAUAAUAACCUCAUUUUGUUGACGAGAAUGUUUGAUAGAAUUUAUUAUCCAGCACGAAGUGGUGCUUGCAUGUUACUCUGGGGACACAGUCGUCAAGGCUGUAGAGAUUUGCUGACAUACCGUGAUGUAACUGGAAAACUGUUGAAAGCAGCGUUAAACCAAACUCCCUUACGAUUACAAAGGUCAGCUUCACUCUAGGUCCAAGGUCAUACUCAAACCAAAGCGCUAAAGGUGAAGGUCAUUUUCACAUCAUCCUUCAGGUAGGGCCUUGAUGAUGUUAAAGUGUCAAGUUCAUUGUAAAGUGUGUUGUGUGAUUUGAUUCGAGAACAAAUUCGAGUUGAUAUCAGUCCGGCGAGGUCACCUUUUCAGAAAAGUAAUUCAUGAGUAUUUGAUGAAUGAUUCAAUAAUUAACUCAAUUCUUGUCAUGUGACUUCACUGGGCUGUUUGAUGGUCAUUCACUCCUGAAAUGAAUUGUAAAUAGUAAAUAUAAUGCGGGGGGAUAUAGCUAUCAGCCAGUCUGUCCGUAAUCAUUUCCUUUUCCUGGGCAGAAUUCCAAAACCAUUCAGUGUAUUUGAUCGAAACUUGGGAAAUCUAUCAGGCACAUACUGAA